AUGCAACGAACAAACUAUGGGCAUCCUGCCCCAGCAACCUCUCCACCACUUCACCAUCCCGUUCCUCAGCACGUCUCGACAGUUCCCCAGCUACGCUCACCUCCACCUCCUAUGUCACAACAGCAGCAACAAAGCGGAUAUGGAAACCCUUACCAACCGCAGGCUCCUCAAGGAGCUGCUAAUGCUUUUGGCGCAUACGGAAACUUUAUGUCAGAUCCCACGGCCCAGAUGGGAUUUCAGGUUGGACAGACGGCAUUAAAGCAUGGAACAGAAUAUGUAGAGCAAAAUAUCAACCGUUAUGUCAACUUCUCCGCGCUCAAACAUUACUUCAACGUUUCGAACGGAUAUGUGGUCAAUAAGCUGUUCCUGGUCCUGUUCCCUUGGAGACAUAAGCCUUGGUCGCGCAAGCAGACACUCGGUCCAAACGGUCAGGAAGGAUGGUUCAUGCCACCGAGAGACGAUUUGAAUAGCCCAGAUAUGUACAUUCCCGUGAUGGCUCUGGUUACCUACAUCCUCCUUUACAGCAUGAUUGCUGGACUUCGAGGCGCAUUUGAACCCGAAUUGCUGGGAUACACAGCAACUUGGUCAUUCUUCAUUGUUGGCGUAGAGAUCAUCCUUCUCAAACUCGGAGCCUAUUUACUUUCUAUCGCCAGCGAUUCACAACUCCUGGAUCUCGUUGCCUACUCGGGCUACAAGUUUGUUGGGGCAAUUGUCACAAUUGUCAUUAGUGAGAUAUUCAAUGGCGGAAAGGGUACUGGUGGAUGGGUUGGAUGGACAGUCUUUGCAUACACAUUUCUCGCAAAUGCUCUAUUCCUGGUAAGUUACUUUCCUCGAGUCAGAAAGCCAAAUGCCAACUUUCCAAUGCAGCUACGAUCUCUGAAAUACGUCCUACUCCCAGAAAACGUCAGCGACGAGCGAGGAACCAUGCAAACAGUAGCACGAUCACAAAAGAACCGACGGACGCAGUUCCUCUUCAUAUACUCGUACCCUGUACAGUUGUUCUUCAUGUGGCUGCUCACACGGGCUUGA